AUGGACAUUUACGAUGCACUGACGCCACUGCAACGAGCUGGCCAAUUGUGCUGCCUAUGGCAUUGGCGCUUGGACAGUGCCACACAUCAGCUGAAGCGUUCGCGCUGGCUGGAGCUCUACGGCUUCGUUGUGCUGCUCCUGUCCACUGGGUACUUGCUGUACAGCUUGUUCGAUGCGAGUCGCAAUGUCGUUGCCAAUGGCGAGACGACGGAGACCACCAAUAUUGGCCAUACGGUGGAUGCUAUACAACUGGUUGGCAUACGAGUGGCGCAUGCAAUAGCGCUGCUGGAGGAGCUUUGGCAGCGGCAGGCGCAGAGUCAAUUUGUGGUGCAGCUGCGCCAGAUCGAUCUGGAUUUUGCCAAUUUGCUGCAGCUGGACGUGAACAAUGGACAGCUGCGCCGUCACUUGGGCCGCCUAGCGCUGUGCAUGCUCUCCGGCUAUGCCAUUAGCCAGGGCUUCAUAUUGUUUACGAAAUUGCUCUCGGUGGAUAUCACGUUUAUUUACUAUUGGCUGAGCUACCUGCUGCCCCUGCUGGUCUGCGGCCUGCGCUACUUUCAGAUCUACGCGUCCAUUAUGGUUGUGCAGCAGCGCCUGGAGUUGCUACUGCGCAUGCUCGACUCGCUGCAGCUAAACGAGGCGUUGCCGGAGAAGCCACAAGUCUGCCGCUCCAUCAAUGAGAAGCUGCAACUGGAGGCAGAGGCGGCCGCUUGCAUGCAACGUCUGUUGGCUGCCAGAAAGCUAUAUCAAAGCUUGUGGAUGUUGGUCGAUCUGCUGAAUCGCUGCUAUGGCCUGUCGAUGCUGGUCAAUUUGGGCAACGACUUUCUGUCCAUCACCUCUAACUGCUAUUGGAUAUUCCUGAACUUUCGAGAGUUCGCAGCCUCACCCUAUGAUUUCAUGCAAAUCGUGGGCAGCGCCCUCUGGACAGCACCGCACUUGAGCAACGUUCUCAUCCUAGCACUCCUAUGCGAACGAGUUGCAUCUUUUACAACGCGCUUGGCCUUGAGUCUGCAUCACAUUCGGGCGGAUCUUCAAAAUGAUGAACACAAUGCACUAGUGAGUCGAUCCCAUUCGAAAGAGCAUUUAGUCAGUCCCUUAGCUAACUCUGCUUCACAGAUCACGCAGUUCUCCCUGCAGCUGUUGCACCAGCGACUUCACUUCAGUGCCGCAGGCUUCUUCGAUGUCAACUGCACGUUGCUCUAUACGAUUGUCGGUGCCACAACUACAUACCUCAUUAUUCUGAUCCAGUUUCACAUGAGCGAGAGUAGCCUAAGCAGUGGAUCAUCAGCCGGCGUAUAGAAGAGAAAAACUAGCUGCUUAUACACUAUCUGUCUAAU